CAGACCGAUCACCCCCUCAACAUAGUCCGAGUCCAACUGCCAAGCGGUCAAGAUGACGAACUCAAAACUAGCCCUUUUACUCCUGGUCAUCGCCUGCUUGAUGUUCAUCGCCUGGGCCCGCCCCAGGUCUCGCUCCUCAGUCUUCAAUGAGGUGACCUCCCUGCCGGCGGAGCGAAGGAUGAGCAACGAUAUCCUGGACCAGAUCUCGCCGAUGAGAAGGCCCGCCAAAAGGAGCUUUCUUGUAAAGCAGCCAAAGUUCGCGAGGUUGAAGAUGCCUCGGAGCUACUUCCGCGACGGUUUCUACAACGAGCUGCAACCUGAAAUAGCUCCAGGUGGCAUGAACUUUUAUGGCAACGAUGUCCUGCCACUCUCCACUUUUGAGCUCCUUGAACCAGAUAGUUUGUAUUAAAAUAGCCCUUAAAAUAAGAUAAGUUAACAAAAUUAAAUUUAAUUUAAUUUCUUGUAAUCAGUUUAUGAAAUAAAAGAGUACUACCGAUAAAA